AUGCCAAAUUUAAUUAAAGAUGCAUUUUUCUGUAGUUCUUCCAGUAUACAUUACGCGGAUGAUGAAGAAAUAAUAGAAAUACUAGCUGAUGUAGCUGCUGAAGCUAGUUCAUCGGGGGACGAUUCUGAGGAAGAACAGGUAGAGCAUCCAAAAUUUGUCGGUUUCAUCGACGUUAUCGAUGAGUAUGCAGAUGAGGAUUUCAAGUCCCAUUUUCGCCUGAAUCGAAAAACAGUGGAUUAUUUAAUAACGAGGUAUAAUGAAAACGAUCAAAAUCACAGCCGUACAAUGUCUGGAAAGCCCAAAAUACCUGCAAAGACAAUGAUAUAUAUGUACAUAUGGUACCUAAGCAACACCAUAACCUACAGACAACUUGCUAACUUGUUUGGUGUAACGAAAUCCACUGCAUGGGCAAUUGUUCGUCGCGUUGUUGCGUGGAUCAUUUCAAUAGGAUACGAGUUUAUCACGUGGCCAACUGGAAAAGCAGUGGAAGAUACCACGAGAAAGUUUUUGCAAAGAAAGAAAGUACCUGGUGUCAUUGGUGCAAUAGACUGCACACAUAUAACUAUUAACGCACCAAAAAAAGAUAAGCAUAUAUAUUUUGAUCGAAAACGAAAUUACAGCUUAGUUUUACAGGAAAUUGUCGAUGCCGAUAUGAAGUUCAUUGAUAUUUAUUGCGGCGAGCCUGGGUCCUACCAUGACUUCAGAGUACUCAAGAGAUCAGCGUCUUAUAGGAAAGCAGAAAAUAGUGUUGAAAAUUUGUUUCCAAACUCUACAUUUACUACGGUAUUCAAAGAUUAUGGUUCACUAACAGAACAACAAAUCAGAUUAAACAAAAUUCAUUCGUCGGCAAGAAUUGUUGUAGAAAACGCGUUCGGCUUACUCAAAGGUCGUUUUCGCAGACUUCUUAAGUUUACAGAGCAUAAAGAUUUAUGCGCUGUAACACAUUUGGUGGCGAGCGCAUGUAUUAUGCAUAAUAUAAAUAUAUUAAAAAACGACGACACCUUCAUGAAAGUGAAAGUGAAAGUGAAGUGA